UUACGACUUGUCCCACAUAGAUACUGAUUUUGGUAUAAAACUUGCUUUAAAACGUUCAGUUCUACAUUUGAAAAGGUUAAAUUUACGAGGAUUCCUUAAUGUGUAGUUAUGCUGUUUAAGUUCAGGCAGAAGUUCUUUCAGUUUGUUGUCUUUUUGGGUAUGUAUAUUAUUGUAGAAUUUAUGGCAGUGUUCUUGUCUUCUUUUGUUAAGCAUUUGGAGGCCCAUUAUAUCGAGUCCAUCUUUGUAUGAAAGUUGUGGACAAGCAAUCUUGAGUGCACGUCGCUGCACUUGUUUGACUUGGUCGUUAAGAAAUUGCGGAAGAGAAAAAUGCCAUACUUGGCAGGCGUACUCGAGGACUGGUCUGAUAAAACAGGUGUAGACAGUGAUAAUGUCCUUUGGUGGGGCACCAGAACGUUUAAGAACCCUCAAAGCAUAUAAACGUUUGCUAGCUUUUGCACAGAUAUUGUCAAUGUGAGCGUUCCAGGUUAAAUCAGACGAGAUUGUUAUGCCAAGAAGUUUAAAACUUUGAACGACAUCAAUUUCAGAUCCAGCCGAGAAUAGAUUGUCCAGCUCUGCAGGUUUCUUAAGAAAGGAAAAACGUAGUUCUUUAGUCUUCUUUACAUUCAAGCACAUGUUGUACUCAGUCCAUUUAGUAAUGUGGUCGAUAGAUGUUUGAAGGAAUGAGGCUGGAGCUGAUCGUGGAAUAACCUCAUAGAUAGUAUAAUCGUCAACGUACUGGUUACGGGGGACAAUUCCAAUCGUAAUUGGCUGUAAGAAAUUGCUUCAAUGUGAUUCAAAGUAAAAAAAGGUAGAUUUUCGUUAGGGGGAGAUCGAAUACGUUUUUGCAUAUAACAGAGAUGGCCUUUUUCUACUAUUUGCUUGCACACACCAUAGUAAUACUCACUGCAUUUAUGAUCUCUCCUAUGAACGGAAUCCACAAUAGGGACUUUAAGAUGUGGCGACUACGCUUGACGGGUACGGUURGCGGCGCUCUAUUAAAAACUGGGCCGAGUACAGUCUGUCUGGCGCGUUUAUAGUUUAUAGUUUAUAGUUGUUUGAAAUUGUUAUCAAAAUGUCAUUUGCAGAAAUUCAAGACCCUAUUAUUCUUGCUUUUUCGACUGGCCUAAUCAGCGAAGAAGAAUUUUUAAUUCUUUAUGAGGAGUAUACAGCUAGAAACCCACGUUAUCCUUACUGGAACUACUAUCCAUUUUGCCUAGACGAUCUCAAUUCUGCCGAAUGCGAAAGCCAUUUCAGGUUAAAGAAAGACGACAUUUCAUUUGUAGCUGACCACUUACAACUUCCACCACGGUUUGUAUGCCCUCAGGGAACUGUGUGUGAUCGCUUAGAAGGUCUAUGCUKGCUGCUGAAAACUGUACCAGAGCUGUGCAUGAUAACCAACACUAUAGAAGAAUGGAUUUAUCACUCUCACGGCUUUCGGUUAUCGUCUUGGAACCAGCCAUUUCUUUCAAGUGUUUGUCUUCAAGGGUAUGCAGCUGCUAUAGCAAGAAAGGGCUCGCCUCUUCAAAACUGUUUUGGGUUUAUAGAUGGAACUGUUCGCCCUAUCUGUAGGCCUGGUGAAAACCAAAACGUUGUUUAUAAUGGUCACAAAAGAGUGCAUGCUCUUAAAUUUCAAGCAGUCGCGAUUCCAAAUGGUUUGUUAGCAAACCUUUAUGGGCCUAUAGAGGGUUGUCGACAUGACGCUGGCAUGCUUAGAGAAUCAGGACUUCUUGAUAUACUACAAAGAGUGGCUUUAGACCAAGCUGGAAAUGCUCUAUGCCUAUAUGGAGAUCCUGCAUACCCCCUUAGACCUCAACUUAUGUGCCCCUUUCGUCCUGGAGAUGUUCCUGUCGUAACACCAGACAUGNUUGUAUGA